AUGGUCAAGAAGAACGACGCCAUCGCCAUCAUCAUCAUCGUCCUCUUCAUCAUCCUCACCCUGAUCGCAAUCGGCAUCUACCACCUCGUCCGCGUCGCGCGGCGGAACUUCUCGGGCACGGUGACGGGCUCGUCGUCGAGCAGCGGGAGCAGCUCCAGCGACGACCUACACGACGGCAAUUGA